CUUGUCGUCUCACUUUCUUGUGUAAUAAUUGCUCGCCUUCAGUUGUAAUGGUGUUACAUUAAGUCACGUUGCCGUGGUGAUCUUUAUUGAUUUGAUUCUCCAGCAACGAAGCAGUUUAUGGUGAAGUUUUUACCGCUACAAUGGUGGAUAUCUUUAUUGAGCUGUUUGGUUCCGAAGCCGAGGAACAGUAUAUACUACAAUGCAUGUCUUACAUUAUGAUACUCAUGGCCGUGACAACAUUUCUAGCUUUACUUUUUGAGAACGUCCCCUAUGGCAGAUAUGCAACCAGCAAGUAUGGGUUUCCUGUUAACGUUAAACUUGCUUGGUUUGUGCAGGAGUUGCCUGCAUUCGUGGUACCCAUCUUUUUAGUGCUGAAGUCGUCUGCUGCGCAGGUAUCUCAGACGACAAAUCGUUUUCUUAUCGCUAUGUAUUUUUGCCAUUAUGUGCACAGAUCUCUCAUCUACCCAUUUUUGAUUAAAGGAGGAAAACCGACACCUUUUUUUUCGUUUGCUCUGGCGUUUAUUUUCUGUCUAUACAAUGGGUAUCUCCAGAUACGAUACCUGAGCCACUUUGCGGAGUACCCUCCAGACUGGGUCACACACCCUUGUUUCAUCGCAGGAUCCACGCUCUGGUUACUAGGGUGGCUUGUGAAUAUCUAUUCAGACCAUCUCCUUCGGAAUCUUCGAAAAGCUGGGGAAACGGGUUAUAAGAUACCAGUAGGUGGCAUGUUUGAAUAUGUGUCCGGUGCAAAUUUCCUGGGGGAAAUUGUGGAAUGGUCAGGAUUUGCUCUCGCGGCACACUCGAUUCACAGUGCUGCUUUUGCCAUCUUUACACUCAUCGUGCUUUCCAGCAGGGCUGUGGCACAUCACAAGUGGUAUCUUGCAAAAUUUGAAGAUUACCCAAAGUCAAGAAAAGCUUUAAUACCUUUUGUGUUUUGAUGAGCAAUGAUUCUUGGACUGAAAUUUCACUUUAACAUGAGCAUAACACUGAAUGCCUUUCUCACACCUUUAUCAAGUUAUCAGUACUGCAUGUGAAAUAAAGAGUAGCAUACAGUAUGCUAACUCCCAUUAUUUUAUUUUUUAUCAAUCUAUCAUUCCUAUUCGUCUGCCAUUAUAGUACCGACAGUGAUUAUUUCUUGUUUUGUUGUGUUGAAAAGUGUUGAAAAGUGUAUGUAUUCAAUUAGAUUUUUUCUUUCCCUACAGUGCAGUCUAUAUGUAUUUUGACAAUUUCUGUUCUUUUGGGUCUGCAUAUUGGAUUUUAAAUUAUCGAUAAAUGUGUGGUUGAAGUGCAGACUGUCCCCUUUAAUUUGAGGGUAUUUACAUCUAUAUCGGGUGAUGUGUGUAGGAAUCACAACCCUUUUUAUACAUAAACCCCUCCACCCCCCCCAUUUUAAGGGACCAAAAUGGUUGGCAUCUCAGCUGCUUCUGAAUGGUCAGGUGUCAUCAAUCACUUUCUUAGUGCAGGUUUAAGAAAGCUUUCAGUCUCUUGUCUUGAUUCUAGGCUUUUGAUUACCUUUGGAGUCUGUUAUUGGCAUUUGUCAAUAUGAGGACCAGAGUUGCGCCAAUGAAAGUCAAGGAAGCCAGUAUGAGACUGAGAAAUAAGAAAAAACAUUCAGAAACAUAGGCUAAACACUAGGCUUUCCAAAAUAAACUGUUUGAACAUCAUUGAGAAGAAAGGGAAGAAGCCUUGUUUCCUCUACUAAGAAAGCGAUUAAGUACACCCGACUAAUCCAAAUUAGCUGGGGCAUAAAAAGGGAUGUAAUUCUGAAACGGUCAUGCAAUAUGGCUAUAAAUGCCGUCAAAUUAUAGGUAACAUUCUGCAUGUUAACCUCAUGUUCAUUGAUUAAUUUCUAAAAUUGUAUCACUGUCCAAAUCCAAUACGUACUGCAAUUUAGAAGUAUUAGCCCCUCUGUAUUAACAAUCUAAAUCGGGCCUGGCAGAUGAAAUUUUUUGAGAGAUCACACUUUAUAUGUUAACGAUUUCCUGCUAUGUUAAUUUUCUAAUCCACCUGUGAAUAUCACUGACUUUGUAAAAUCUCACAACUGAAACAGGAGAUGGAUCAGUCAUACUGUCUUUAGCACCAAGGAACUACCCAUGUUACACCAAAUUUAAGUUGUUAGGAGGCAAAAGGCUGGAGUAGGUUAUGAAAAGUUUGGCAAAGCUUUGAAGCCUCUUAGGAGAACUGUAACAAAAUGUAAAAUAUAUAUUACAACUUAGGUUACAUAUACAGUAGUACCGAGAUCAGGUCAUCCUGCCAGAUGAGAAGGAUUGUCAGAAGCCACCGAGAGGCCAGCUACAACACUGACAGUGAGUUGCAGAACUGGCUGAAAUCGGAGAAACGAAACAACAAGAAACAAGAUUUCGCCUCGUUAGGAGAGGGGCUAGACAGAAGCCACUUCUGAGAAAGGCCAACAUUAAGUCACACCUGACAUUUUCCAGAAGCUAUGCGACAUACCCUGAAACGUUCUGGAAGAUGAUUUAGUGGUCCGAUGAGACCAUAUUGUGGUCUGAGGGCAAAGCUCUGUGUUUCGCUCAAAACCAAACAGAGCCCAUCACCAAGGGAACACCAUCCCUACCAUCAAGCAUUGUGAUGGAAACAUGAUGCUGUAAGGUUACUUUUCAGCAGGAGGGGCAUCAGUGGAUGGAGCGAAAUACUGGCAGAUCCCUGACGAAAAACUGUGUCAGUCCACAGGAGACCUGCAUUUAGGGUGAAGACUCAAAACGGGCAGUGACCCAAAGCACUCAGGAAACUACAAACUACUCAAACAAAAACCUCAUACUAAAAAAUAUCUAAAACGACUCGGUCCUGUAAUUGCUGCCAAGGGCCUGUUUUACAAAGUAUUGACCCUGGGUCAAUUUUAAUUGUGUUUUUGGUUUUUGGUUAUUUUUUAUUUUAUUCUAUUUGCAUUGGAUAUAUUGACUUGUGUUGGAUGAGUGAAAAUAGCUCAACGCAUUAAAACUCUAAGGUGUAAAAGGGCAAAAUGUUAAUAAGUUCUGUGGGGGUGAAUUCCUUUCGUGAUGGGGGAGGGAGGCAAAUAAUUGCAUAUUCAGAAAAAAUACAAUGGAAAUGCAUCCAAGCUCAUAAAAAUACCCCUGCGGUUUCUGAAAUGCAUUAUUAUCAUGAACAGUUGGGAGGUUGGAUUAAUCAUAAACACCAUAAGUAGGUGUCCGUGAGGUAGAUUGAUCCAUUCAACUAAUCAUUUUAUAGGUUGAAUGGUUCAAGACCACAACUUGAGCAGCCCUUAAAGAAAAUGAUGAAUAAACGGAAAUAUUAACUUCC